GACCCCAUGUGUUUCGAAUAUGUCGUCAUCGCAUUCCAUUUAUCUGUUCUGAUUCCGCACUUCCUUAAACCUGUCACAUUUGCUUCGGCACGGAACACUUACGGCAACUCAUCAAGUGAGAGCAGUCCAGAGAGUUAAGAUGAGCCGAGGCGCUGCCGCCGGUCAAGUUCAGCAUGUUUUCAAGGGCACCUUUGCGCACUCCACUACAGCAGAGCCGCUGCAAAUCUUGGACAAUACGAUUUUAGGAGUAGACAUAAAUGGAAAGAUUGCAUUCAUUGAACCUGGUGACCAAGAAGAGAUCCUUUGUGAUAAAUGGGGCUUUAGCAGUUCAGAUGUCAAAUCUCUCCAAGACAAGGACUUUUUCAUUCCCGGCAUGGUUGACACCCACAUUCAUGCACCUCAGUAUACCUACGCAGGAAUAGCUCAAGAUUACUCUCUCAUGAAGUGGCUAAAAGUGUUCACCUUUCCAACCGAACUUAAAUAUGAAAGCAAAGACUUUGCUAAAGAUGUCUACACCAAGCUAGUGAAACGAACCCUGAAACAUGGUACAACUACAGCAUGCUAUUUCGCAACUAUUCAUACCGAUUCGACUUUGUUAUUGGCAGAAAUUGUAGAAAAGCUUGGACAACGAGCAUUAGUUGGAAAGGUCUGCAUGGAUAUAAAUGAUGCAGUGAGAAGUUACAGAGAAGAAACAGAGGAAUGUAUUGAGGAAACAAAAAGGUUAAAUGUCCAAGUCUCUGUUUUUCAGUAUACUCUGGUGAAACCUAUCGUAACUCCACGGUUUGCUCCAAGCUGCUCCACUCAGCUGUUGAAUGACCUUGGUGAUAUUGCGAAGGAGAAUGAUCUUCAUAUUCAGAGUCAUAUAAGUGAAAACAAAGAUGAGUUAAACAUUGUGAAAGACAUGUUUCCUGAGUGUGGCUGUUACACAGAAGUGUAUGAUAAGUACAACCUUCUCACAAGCAAGACUGUGAUGGCACAUGGAUGUUAUCUUAGUAAUAAAGAACUGGAAAUAUUCUGUUCAAAAGGGUCUGCAGUUGCUCACUGUCCAAAUUCUAAUAUUUCGCUUUGCAGUGGAAUGCUCGAUGUACGUAAUGUACUAAACCACAAAGUAAAGAUUGGACUUGGCACAGAUGUUGCUGGAGGUUACUCCACUUCGAUGCUUGAUGCAGUAAGAAAAGCUAUUGAAACAUCAAAAAUUCUUACAAUCCAAAAACCUGGAUAUGAAACUCUUUCAUACAAAGAAGCUUUUCAGCUGGCAACUCUUGGAGGGAGUCAAGCUUUGGCUUUGGAGGACACCAUUGGAAAUUUUGAGGUUGGCAAGGACUUUGAUGCAGUGCUGAUUAGCCCAACUACCACUGACAGUUCCUUUGAUGUCUUUGCUGGCGAUACAAAAAAGGUCAUUUUUGAAAAGUUUAUAAACUUAGGUGAUGACCGCAAUGUGAUGGAAGUAUAUGUUGCAGGGAAGCUGGUCUUUCCCUCAAUGUGUUUUUUAUAGUUGAUUGAUCAUUCUGCAUUAUAGAAAGUUUUAAGAAUUGAAAAGGUGUUGCACCAUAUAUUUUUAAAAAAGGUUUAAUACUUUAUCCCUAUGGCAAAUGCUUACGUCUCAUUUGAUAUUUGUGUCCUCAUCAGGAUACUCUUAUUCGCAUGUGGAUGUCAUGGAGCUUUCUGACAAAAUUGUAAUUUUACUUUUGAGCUAAUUUUAAAGAAUAAACUUUUUUAAAAAAAUUUAAAACUACCACUCAAUUAUUUAUUAAAAACAAUAGUAGUAUUUUUAAAAUUUUGUAAAACGUUUGUACACUCCUCAUCUCUCAAACGUGUUUCCCACUGCAUCAAGUGAACAUGUAACAGAUGAGCUUUAAAUUUUUUGCAAUAUCACAAAGUAAGAAAUGCACCUGCUUUACCUCUUUUCACAACAUAAUGUAAGUAUAUUUUUCAAAAAUCUAUAUUUAAAUUAUUGUUACAUAUGAUUGGAUGACUAAUGCGUUUGAUAUAAAUGAUUGUACGAUUUUACUAGCAUUAUGAAAUUAAUGUUUGUGUAAAACAUUCUUGAGUUGAAUUAUUUAAGUCAGCAGCUCGAUGACAAUGCACAUGUCUAGGUGAAUUAGUGCAGCUAACAAUCUUGAUAACAACACAAAGCAAUGUUAUAUAUUUCUAGAAACAAGUUAAUUUAAAUCUGGGACCAUUGAAUUCUAGUAUAACAAUUGUUGUGGUUUAUUGUAUGCUAAUUCAAUUUAUUGUGUACUUUACUUUUGUAAUAUUAAUGGUCUUGUUGCAAAACUGUGAAAUUAUAUGCAUAAUAAGGUUUGAAUGAAAUUAAAAACAUGCAGUUAAUUAUUUUACAAAA